AGAGCCCUAAAUCCCUAAAAAAAUCCCGAUCCCCAAAUUAUAACCCCAAAUCCCUUAUUUCCGAUCCUAACGAAAUUUCCGAGCUAUUACAGCAAAGCAUGGGCAUAAUAAAAAGCUGUUUUCCCUUCAUCGCAGGCACAGUUUGCGGGAUUUACGUUGCCCAAAACUACAACGUUCCCAACGUCAAGAAGCUUGCCGACUCCGCCUUCUUCAUAGCCAAGCAUGUCGAGGAGAAUUACCGCAAGCCCAAGAACAAGGAUGACGAUUAGAUCCUAAAUGCCAAUGGAAUCAACAGGUUCAAUGUUGUUUUUCUCUUCAUUAGUUAUGGGAAAGAAAACAGAAUUCCUCUUUUAUGAUCAAAUAUGAAAUUGGGAU